CUAUUUGGUUAAAUCACUUAAAUGCUUUUUUGUUAAUAUGAAACAUUAUGUAAAGAUAUUCUUAACAACAAAACGUAGAACAGUAUAAUUGAAUGGACAAUCAGCUGUUUUCAUUCAUACUUUUGGUCUAUCUGUCAAUUUUGCAUUUUGCCAAAUUGUUGGUCGCUUUCGCUCGACUUAAUAUAUUUAUUUUACGAUGGCCCUUAGAAGAUCAGUUAUUAGAUUCAUUUCUUCUAAGAGACCUUCGCCGGCGGUAUAUAGAACGUGUGGUUUUAGUACCCAAGCCAGCAAGGACGAGUCGAGUAACAAAACUAAACAAACGCACUUUGGUUUUCAAUCGGUGGACGAAGAGGAAAAAUGGAAAAAAGAUUAUUAUUAUUUCAGUCCACGAAGUGUUCGAGACAGUGGCGGAAAAGUACGAUGUGAUGAACGACGCCAUGUCGCUGGGCAUUCACCGGCUGUGGAAGGACAUCUUCAUGCAGCGCCUCGCCCCCACACACGGCACCAAGCUGCUGGAUGUUGCAGGGGGCACUGGCGACAUAUCCUUCCGGUACAUCAACUACCUGCGGAACCUGGGCCCUCCACCGGAGGGCAAGCACAGCAGCGUCACCGUGUGCGACAUCAACCAAGCCAUGCUUGAUGUGGGCAAAGUGCGCGCUCAACGUCAGGGCUUCACUCGCGAGGCGACGGGCGUAGACAUCGACUGGUUGUGCGGCGACGCUGAGAAGCUCACGGUGCCCGACGAGUCAUACACAGCAUACACCAUCGCGUUUGGUAUUAGAAACUGCACGCACAUUGAUAAGGUGUUGGAGGAGGCAUACCGCGUGUUGACGCCGGGAGGUCGCUUCAUGUGUCUGGAGUUCAGUCAGCUGCCCAACAACACCAUGCAAUGGUUAUAUGACCAGUACUCUUUCCAAGUGAUCCCAGUGUUGGGGCAACUCAUAGCAGGACAGUGGAAGCCUUACCAGUACCUCGUCGAAAGUAUUAGACAAUUCCCAGAUCAGGAAAAGUUCAAAGCCAUGAUUGAAGAUGCUGGCUUUAGACAAGUCAGAUACGAGAACCUCACGUUUGGAGUAUGUGCUAUACAUUCAGGGUUCAAGAUCUGAUACAAUUGGUGUUUACAGUUAUCUAGUCUUAGGAUAGUAUAAUUUUAUAAAAGUGAAUUUUGAAGGUGAGGUUGAAAUAAAACGAAGUGAUUUCUUAGGGAAAUUUAUUAAGUCCAUCAAACUGUGUUGGUCUUUGGAAUGCAGAUCCAGUACCUAAAUUUUUAAUUACAUGUUUAAACUUUAAAAUCUA